AUGAGGUUUGAUCAGUAUGUUGACGAAAACAAAACAUCUGAUGAUUUUAUGCCCUUGAUCCAUGACCUUUUUGAGACACGUUGGCAUGAAACAGAACGUAAGAUAGAGAUUGAGCGAGUCAGAGACCAUAAGGUUCCAUUGUCGCUGGUAAAGCCUAAUUACAAUCACGAAGAACUGAUCGAUAUUUUAAUCAAACAUCUGGCUGAUAAUCACUAUGAAAACGCUCUGAUCAAUGGCCUGGUGACAGGGGACGAUUUGGGAGUAGCCAACACCUAUGGAUUCAAAGGAAGAAACGUUGUCACCAAUCUAUUGAAGUCUCCGGAAUUCAGACUUAUACACACAAUCAUAGGAACGGAGACAUUUUUGGAUCUUUUAAUCAAUCACACCGCACGAAUGGACAACGUUUAUCUUUGGGGCGAAUUGAACGAAUGCAAUUACAAGUCACAAUGCAGAUCAUCACAAUUGAACAUAAGGAACAUUCUCUAUAGUGAAAUAUGGUCCUUGCAGCGGCUCGACCCCCUUCCUGAAUCUGCCUCUUUGAUUAACGACGUCUUCAGAACGAAAAACACAUGCUAUCCAAAACUUGAGUUUCUACUUGAGUCAAUGCGCACCUAUCACAUGAAUCAUCAACCAGAUUAUCCAUAUAUAUUAGACUCGAUUUGUCCUGAACCAAAAAACAUUAAGACUAACUUUGACUUAGCGGUGGAAAAACCAUGCGUGAUCAAAUUUGUCACCAUUGUUCUUGAAAAGAUCAUGCCCAAGGAACUCUUUGGGUCGCCUCACAAUAAGUCAGUGCUAUUCAAAAAAAUCGCUGAAGUUCUCAGUAGUCAUAAAAAGGAUUCCAUUUAUGUGUGUAAUGUGGCCAAGAACUUCAGGAUCACAGAUAUUAACUGGCUGGUACCGGGCAGAAAGAUGAGCAAGCACGAGUUCAUGAAAGCACAGAACACGUGGCUCCAAUUUAUCUGGUGGUUUUUCAAUUCGAUGCUAUUCAAAUUGGUAGCUUCUUUUUUUCAUGUCACAGAUAUCUCCCAAUCUUUUGAAUUACUCUACUAUAGACAUGAUACCUGGAGACGGAUCUCAAAAGAAUUCAAAGAUAAAUAUUAUGGUCUGUUUCUGCAAAGGAAACCUCAAAAUCUGAAUAGCUAUUUCACUUAUGCGAAAAAUGAUGAUUUCAUUGGUAGUCUGAAACUGCUACCGAAAGCUCACGAUUUUCGAUUUAUCACAAUGCCGUUCAGGGGUUCGGGGAAAAGUGUAUUCGAAUACAUGGAUCGUUAUAAGAACGAAGUGAGGAUAGCGAAUCUUGUUCUUUCACAUAAACGGAAAAAGAACUGUAUUAAUUCAGUGAGUGAUCUUCCUUGUGAGCUGUUGAAAUAUAAAAAUCAGAUUAGUGGUUCAGUAUAUGCAAUAAAAUUUGACAUCCGACAGGCCUAUGAUACCUUGCCCAGAAAAUUGAUACUACCACUGAUAUCCGAGCUGCUCAAGGAGAUUCCCGAAACCUUUCAAUUUCACAUUGAACGCUAUUUUGUGCUUAGCGCCCCUACUGCUGCUGGCAAACGAAAACGCCGCAAGCUUUCAGUCCUGAAGGGAUAUGAAAACACAACAGUCUCAGAUAAAGUGCUAACCCACGCUAAUAGCCCCUCAGUAUUGAAGAAGAGUGAAAUUAUGAAGAUCGUCGAGCAGCAACUCGAACAUGCAGCUCUGCUCUCAUCAUCAGAUACGUUUCACAGAAAAAGAGGUGUUUUCCAAGGCUUUCCGCUCUCCGGGAUCUUUUGUGAAAUUGUCUAUGACAAGCUUACGGAAUACCUGCUCUCGCUAGGAAGAGGGAAUGUGAAAAUCAUCCGCCUUGCUGACGAUUUUCUAAUAUUGACAACGAAGAUGGACAUACUAGCAAAGUAUCAAAAGCUUAUUGAGAAACGCAUUCCCGAAUUCGAUGUUCUGGUGAACAAGCAAAAAAGUGUUGUAUCCGAGGAUACUGUUGAUUUCCUUGGGACAACAAUAAAUUUGAAGACAUUAAGCGUCACGAAAAAUCUUGUCUCCUAUGAUCUCACUCCAGUGCGAGUUUUAUCUUUCAAAGCCUUGUACUCCACUCUAGUGAUUCAUCUCAAGCAGGCAUUAGCGUCAGAUUUUUUCAGUGCAGACAUCAAUGACGAGAAGACUUUGAAGCAAAAUUUGCAUAUCCUCCUUCAAUCCCUGUCUUUAAGAUUUAAAAAGUCGAAAAAAUCGGUAGCAAGAAACGACAGGAUGGAAGCUUCGAAGUUUAACCAGUUUUUGCUACAAAUAGAAAAGUUGAUACUUACGAAAGUGGGUACAUCAUAUCUAACGUAUAUCCGCUCGCUUCUCAAAACUUUCUGA